GAAGCGCUGGGUAUGGAGAUCGUGGAUGGCGUCGUGGAUUUUCUCCUGCGGGAGCGCUACCUCCUCUCGGCAUUUGAGCUCCUCCACGAGCUCAUCGAGAAUGGAAUGGAGGAUUCCGAGGCGGUGAGCAAGUUGAGCCAGUUCUUCGCAGAUCCGGCAGUAUUUCCAUCGGAUCAGCUGCUCCAUGUCCAGAAUUUGCAGGAGACGGAUUCGAAGAAGAUUAUGGAAGAGAAAGCCGCCGCUCUGGAGAGAGUUGCGGUCUUGGAAUACGAGCUCCGCCUUGCUCAAGAGGAUGUGAAGACGCUCCAGAUGAAGCUGGAGGCGCGAUCACAAGAUCCUUCUCAAGUUCAAAGCAACUCCGAUCAGCUUCCACAAGCGAUAAGUUCUCGUACACAGGAUCAAAUAGGACUGCACGAAAGGAAGGACUUGAACGGUGCUGUGAAGGAUUAUCUCGUGUCAGCGGGCUAUAAAUUGACUGCUAUGACUUUUUGUGAAGAGGCUGACGACCAAGUUCUCGACGACUCUGGCCGGGUUCCAAAUGCAUUGCAAAAGUACUACCGUGCGUAUCAUACCAGUGAGCAUGAGACUGUUCCAUCUGAGGAGCCUUCUUCUGCACAAUGUGAUGAGCUUGCUGAAAUGCGGGAUAUUUAUGAGAAGGAAAAAGAUUUGUUGAAAGGAUCACUUAAGAAUGCGGAGGCAGAAGCUACUCGCAGCGCUACAACGGUUCACGAGCUGAGGGAAGCGCUAAAGCAAGUCUCGGAAGAGUUGGAUGCAAGUAGAGCGGAGAUUGUUUCGUUAAAGUCGCUGCAAGAAAGAUACCAAUCAUUGGAAGCGGAUUUAGAUAACGAGAAGGUGAUCAGUACGGUGGAGACUGAGGACGCAUUGAAAUCAAGGGAAACAGUGGAGCAGUCCGAAGAGUCGCAUGAACAUCAAGAACUUCACGGGAAUCCGUCAGAUAGAGAAUCGCCGGAGGUUUCUCAGCCGCAGGUUAGUGUACCGGAAGAACCAUCUUCAGUCAAGCGCGAAGAGGAUCCGGAAACUAUUCACAUACUGGCGGAAGCUCUUCCGAACAUCGUGCCUUACGUACUCAUCAAUCACCGUGAGGAACUCUUACCUCUUAUGAUAUGCGCGAUUGGACGACAUCCCGAUGGCAAUGUCCGAGACUCUCUCACUCACAUACUGUUCAACCUGAUAAAACGACCGGAUGAAAAUCAAAGAAGGAUCAUCAUGGAUGCGUGUAUUUCCUUAUCAACAUCUAUCGGGGACAUUCGUACGGAAAAUGAGCUGCUUCCUCAAUGCUGGGAACAGAUUAACCACAACUACGAAGAGCGACGGUUGCUCGUGGCACAGUCCUGUGGAGAACUAGGAGGAUUUGUAAGGUCCGAUAUGCGCUCAUCGUUGAUCCUUUCAAUCCUAGAGCAACUAAUUGAGGACCCAGCACCUGUUGUGAGAGAGGCGGCUUCAACGAAUUUGGCGAAGCUACUGCCACUAUUUCCCAACACGGACAAAUAUACCAAGGUCGAGAAGAUGAUGUUUCAUCUGCUUUCGGAUUCCUCGGCCCAAGUUGUCGAAACGACACUGAAGGCGCUUGUACCAGCGGUUGUGACGUGGACCAGAUGUCUGAGAUAUUCAAUGAAACAGCUGGUUCAGGCUCUUUUUGGUCGUAUGCUAACUAUUGUUCAGCGCUGCCCUCCUGUGUCAGGCGUCGAGACGUCAUCUGAUUCUCAGCUACGAAUUUUACGCGAAAGGGAAGGAUGGAAUGUUGAAGUAUUGCUGCGCAUGUUGAUACAGCUUGUUCCAGAUUUGCGUUAUGCAUGCGUCCAUAGCUGUCCAUUUCCUAUCAGUGAAUCUGAUCAAACACUGGCAUUUUCUCCUGAAAACUUGACGCAACACUUACAAUCGAGUACGCGAUGGGAGUAUUUUGACUGGUUAGCCAUGGACUUUUUCCCCAUACUGUUGAAGCUUCUUUCUAUGAUUUCUCCUAAAGAGGAGGCUUUACGAAAAAUCAUAUGUCAGCUUCUUUUACGCUUCAACGAUUGUUUCGGCAGCCACUUUCAUACCAUGGUUCUGCGACCGAUAUUUCUAACAGCAGUUGGUGAUGACUCGUUGUUGCAUUUUCUUGGAUCAAACAUUUCAAACAGAAUCGAAGGGCUAAAGCCUCAAACGGAAACAGCUCAAACUUUGGCCUUCAAGUGCAUCCUACCUCUUCUCUUGGUUGGAGUUUUGGGGAUACCAAAUGCGCUCGACUUUGAUUUGCAAGGGUUUAUAAAGAACUUGAUACUGGAUUCUUCGCUAAAGCACGGGUCGUGGAGCUGCGUUCGCACUCCCGAACUUGUAGAAGCCAUCCGAUUCUUUUGUUCUUAUGAUCGCCAUCACGAGGUUAUGACCGGUGUUCUUUGGGAGCUUGUUGUGAACUCAAAUGUCAGCGUCAAAGUUCAUGCCGCUCUUCUUCUCAGGGAAAUGGUUCCCUAUGCAAGCACUCAACUAGUUUCAAAGCAGUUGUUACCUGCGUUAGUCACUCUUGGCUCGGACACGAACCUUGAAGUCAGGCACACAACAAUACCUGCAUAUGGAAUCAUUGCUCAGCAUUUCCAAGAUGAAAUGGUUAGUGAGAAGAUCCGCGUGCAAAUGGAUGCGUUUUUAGACGAUGGAUCCAACGAAGCCAUAUCUGGAGUGGUUCGUGCAUUGACAGUCGCGGUGCCACUGGCUUCCCCUGUUUUGAGGGACUAUUUGCUGCAAAAGCUGGUGGUUCUUACGGCGAGCCCCAUGGGAACCAAUGUAGCACGCCGACGUGAGAGAGCCGACGUGUUUUGCGAGGCCAUCCGGUCUUUGGAUGCCACAGAUUUAUCUCCUACCAGCAUUCGGGAGCUACUGCUGCCAACAAUCCAGAACUUGCUGCGUGAUCCCGAGCUGCUUGAUCCGGCCCACAAGGAAGCGCUGGAAGUUAUAAUGCGGGAGAGGUCGGGUGGGAAGUUCGAAGCCAUCACCAAGGUGGUGAUGGGAGCUCACCUCAACAUGUCGUCCAUGGCAAUGACGAGCUUUUUCGGCGAUCCAAUGGCCAGCCCCACGACAUCGAAGCCCGCCGUUAGCUCUGAGCCGUCCAGCCCCUCGAAUAUCCAGCAGGCAUCCACAGCGGCUCAGCAACAAGACCAACAAGAAGGCGUAUUGAAGAGAAUGAUGCGAACGAACUUCUGGAGGAAUGAUAAUGCGAGCUAGAUUCAAGAAAAAAAGAGAGGAAAAUUAAGAUAAAUAAGCAGGUUAUCAAAGCGUUAAUUACGCCGUCUGUGGGAAUCGAACCCACGACCACGUGGUUAAAAGCCACGCGCUCUACCGGCUGAGCUAAGACGGCAGCACGUUAUUUAUUUUAGAUUUUAGCUUUUCAUAACUAGAUUCUGCGAA